GAACGCACUAAAGAAAGUCCCCUAGGGCACUUAGUAGAACCUUUCCAGUACUAGUACCGCCUGUAAACUCCUCGUCAGCGCGAUUUAUGCUGGCGACCGCAUCCUGUGGCCUACUGCACCCAACAGCUUUUGCGCAUCAUCCCUGUGCAAGUAAAAUUUUGAUUUCAUCAACGACGCCUUCCAUCGGAUUUGGUCUGAACUAUGAUUGUCUAUUACAGCCAGGAACUCCUCAAGCGGGAGACGGUAGCUUGGAGUAUGGAAGCUCGUCCUCGGGGGGUUCUCGUCUCCUGCUAACCUGGGGUCUCAUCGAGAUGAGAAACUUGAUGUAGUUCGUGUCGCCUAUCCGUCCGGUCGGUCGGACGAAUGAUUUAAGAGGAAUCACUCUGAAGAUGCGUGAACACACAUGCCGUCGCCAAGACGGACAAUAUCUUCUCUCUCUCACCACCUAGGUAGGUAGUUGUCUACCUCCUAGUUAACGUUUCGUCCGGUGAGGACGGUAGGUAACUCGGGGUAGCAUUCAAUUCGUUGAUCACAACAUAAAAUGAAUGGCUUCGCUCGGUCGUGGUUAGGUAUCUUUCAAUUAUGCUCACCUAGAAGAACAACAUCAAUAGUACCUAGUCAACAAAUAUGAAGUUAUAUAUGGUAUUAUCGGCGAUAACUUGGGCGACUGCAGUAACGGUAACCCCAAUUAAACCAGCAAACAGACCGCUAGGCGCCCGAUGGGUUAAUCUGCCCGCUGUAGGUGGCGGCGCCCCCGUUCAAGAACAAGGCACCGCAGCAACCGAUACACACAUCUACAUCCUCGGUGGCAUACCUUCGGAUUCAAACAAUAGUUGGCUGGCCAUCCCAUCAACGAAUAGAUUCGAAACCUACUCAUUCCAGACUAAAAGCUGGAAAAGCCUUCCCCUAAUCCCCAAGGCUUUCACCCACAUCAACGCCGCCGCAGUUAAUGACAAGGUCUAUGUUCUCGGUGGGCUCACAGGGGACGGAGUAGACCAGAUAUGGCGCUCGACACCAGACUGCUUCGUUUACGACAUUUUGAACGGGACAUGGACGGCCCUACCGCCAAUGCCGACCGGACAAGGCCGGGGUGCCUCCGCCGUCGGUAUAUCCGGAAACACAGUUUACCUAGCGGGUGGAAUGGAACGCCUCGAGCUCACCGCCAACGGAACACAAGAAUCGCUCGAUAUAGUCACCGCAUACGACACCGAGAAGGGGGCAUGGACAACACUACCAAGUCUCCCAGCGUCACGUGAUCACGUCGGGGGCGUGAUGAUAAACCGCACAUUCUACGUCGUCGGCGGUCGCGAUCACGGACAGCCUAACGUGCGCAACACGACUUGGACACUGUACCUCAAUGCGCUUGAGAAAGGGUGGGUGGCCAAGGCAGAAAUGCCUACGGCGCGCGGCGGACUUGCGAUCGGUGUGAUUGGUGAUUAUAUAGCCACUUUCGGGGGCGAAGGUAAUCCGGCCCCUGGCUCGAAUGGUGUGUUCAAUGAGACGGAGGUUUACGAUGUGAAGGGAGAUCAGUGGUUCAAAUUGCCGGCUAUGCCGCACCCUCGACACGGAAUGGUGGCGGCUUCGGUCCACGGUCGCGUCUAUAUUCCCGGUGGGGGUAUUUACAUCGGCGCGGGACCUGUGGAUACAUUUGAUGCAUUCGAACUUGAUUACUGAAUUUGUCCUGGAUUUUCUGAAAGUUUUUGGAGCCUAGUACGUCGCCGGUAUACAUUAGCUUCUUUCGUUGCUUGGUGCGAAAUCAGUUAAGCACUCGUUGAAUACUGCAACAAGUGGCUUAGGAUUUGGGCUGAUUCACUCGCCUGCAAUUCCCCUGGGAUACAGCGGUAGUCUGCUACAGUUUAAGGACUGAGCCACUAGAAAAGCGCGCCACACGUCGCGGGGGAACUUGAAAUUGGCAUAGCGAUUUAUCCGCCGGACUUUAGUGGAUGACUGCUAUAACUUAGGGAACCUAGCCACUACACAGUGCUGCAAGAUAGCUGAGAUAGGCCUUGGGCGCAUUAUUAAUAUACGAAACUCGCACUCUAUAC